AUGUCAAACAUCUCUUCAUGGUAUGCAGACCUUCCCCCGUGGCUGAACUGCUCCACUGGCGUCGGUGAAGACUACUAUGGACAGAACCACACCGUCAACCCGCAUCCAAGCGGAUUCUGUCUGUCUCCAGGGCAGCGUAUCGGUCUCUCUCUGACGGCAGAGUCGGGGCUUGUCUCGGUCUUGGCCAUCCUUGUACUUUUUCUUCUCAUAUCGCGAAACGCGUUUCGAAACUGGAAGUAUAAAGAAGGGAAGUCCUUAGUUCAGUCUCCUAUGGAUAUCUAUAUGCUCUCGCUCUUCUUUGCGGAUGUGCUCCAAGCUCUUGGAUCUGUCUUUGACAUGAAGUGGGCACAUGAUGGCGUUGUACAACAACUUGGGGAAUGCGGAGUGGCCAUCUCUACACUGAUAAUUGCCGCCCACACAUUUGUCGGUGUAUUCUGGAAGAUAGGAACUCAAAACCGUAUCGUCGCUCUGGCCCUUGUAGGUCUCGAAUGGCUGUUUAUUGUGCUAUUCGUGGCAAUAAGUGCCGGUAUACACCAUAGCAAGAACGACCUGUAUAACACGCCCACCCCCGUAUGUCACUUUCCUCGUAUUCCAGAAAUCUCCGUCCUUACACUAUUUGAAUGGAAGUUUUGGUGUUGGGUCGCCCCGACAUACCAAUUGCAUGAAGGCCUCGCCGGCGAGUACAUUUGGCUCUGGCUUGCACUCAUUACCUCUGUUUUCUCCUACACGUCCCUCUUCUUCUGGAGUAAGGGUAUGCUCAAGGUCGACUCAUCCCGAUGGUGGAGAUUCACCAUUCAUCGUCCGAGUGAUUCUUCGAAGAGGGGUACGGCGAGCGACCCUUCGGAGAGAGACACGGAUAAAAGCCGACUUGCGCUCUCCAUGCUGGCGUAUGUCUUUAUCAUCUCCUUUCGUCUACUCCUUUAUCGUGCUUCCGCUCUCGAUCGUGCGUUGGACCACAUUCGGAGGGCGAAGCGUCCCUUCUGCCGCAACGUUCUUCGUAAGCUAAUUCACUCCCAUCUCCACCGUGCUGUCCUUCGUCGCAUGCUCGGCCGCACCAAUAUUCACUUACACACUCAUGUUCACCCCUCGCAGGCCGUGAUUAUCUUCAGUCUCUCAGGCUUUUUCAACGUCCUUCUGCUGCACUUCACACGUCCUGGACUUCUGCUCUUUGGUCCCGAAGUCGUCCGUACCGGCCGGGGUCGUGCACCCUCUCCCAGUCCUACUAGGCAACCCGCACGUAGUGAACCUGACUCAAGUAGACCAUUUGGAGGGUUGAAUGAUGACGAUGGUUGGGAUCUCGAGAUGAGCCACACGCCGCGGUCGCAUUUGAGCGUAGCUACAGUGCAGAAGCAAGCAGACAGGUUGGGGGUGCCAGAAUGA